AUGCAGUUGGGAGUCAGUGCAGCAGCGGCGACACCAAGUAGUAGUGAUUCUCGGAACACAGGUAGUAGUGAUUCUCGGAGCACAGGUAGUAGUGAUUCUCGGAACACAGGUAGUAGUGAUUGUUGGAGCACAGGUAGUAGUGAUUCUCGGAACACAGGUAGUAGUGAUUCUCGGAACACAGGUAGUAGUGAUUCUCGGAGCACAAAUAGUAGUGAUUCUCGGAGCACAGGUAGUAGUGAUUCUCGGAACACAGGUAGUAGUGAUUCUCGGAACACAGGUAGUAGUGAUUCUCGGAGCACAGGUAGUAGUGAUUCUCGGAACACAGGUAGUAGUGAUUCUCGAAGCACAGGUAGUAGUGAUUCUCGGAGCACAGGUAGUAGUGAUUCUCGGGCAGGUAGUAGUGAUUCUCGGAGCACAGGUAGUAGUGAUUCUCGAAGCACAGGUAGUAGUGAUUCUCGGAACACAGGUAGUAGUGAUUCUCGGAACACAGGUAGUAGUGAUUCUCGGAGCACAGGUAGUAGUGAUUCUCGGAGCACAGGUCCCUCUACUCCAAUUACCUACCAAUACCCAGGUCUUAUAGUACCAGUACCUCAAUACCCAAGUCCCUGUGUUAGUUUGUACCGGUAUCUCUUACAUGAAGAAUAG